ACCUACCGCUCGCCGUUCCUCUGAUUUAUCCCAGCUGUCAACACAUUCAUACAGCCACUAAAAUACCAUGGUAUCUUUCCAAUGCGACAACUGCGCCGACACGGUCAAGAAGCCCGCUCUCGACAAACACAGGAACAGGUGUUGGGGUACUUUUACCUGUCUAGACUGUUCGACCACGUUUGCCAAUACCGACUACAAGAACCAUACGUCGUGCAUCUCCGAGGCUGAAAAGUAUGAAAAGACGCUUUAUAAAGGUGGAAAGGGAGCCAAGCCGAACGGUCACGCUGGGAACAACUCGACCCCCAACAACCGAUUUCAACCUUAUCCCAAGGGGAAACCUCAAGGCCGAAAUGGAGCGCCCGUAGCUCCUCCUCCCAUGACCGAGAACCCGGCGCAAGACCCCACUCAAGCCGGUGUCGCACCCGCCGUCCACCCUUCCCGAGCAAACAUGGUCGAAGCCGCCGAACAAGGUUCAGGCAAGAAGCCUUCCUUCCCCUCUUUACACCCUCCCUCUCGAUACCCCCCGCCUAGGGAACAGCCUCGAUGGCAGAACGGGAGGAAGAUGAAAGGAGGAGCUACGGGGAUGAACAACAUCGCUGGAGAGGUCCCCAUGAGGAGUUGGGGGACCAGUCCGGCGGUCACCGAUAACGAAGAGGGGACCAAUGGGAAUGGGAACGGGGUCGGAGAGGUCGCACAGAAGAAGAAGACCAAGAACAAGAAGAAGGGUGAUAAGGGAGGCACUGGGUCGAGGGCGAAUUCGAACGCCAAAAAGCUGGAGGGUCAGGGAUCGGUCGCUGGCGGUGACGGUCCUUCGGAGGCUGGACCUUCGAAGACUGUAGAGCCUGCAUCUACUCCUGCGGCUGCAGUAUCCGCAUUUGCACCUGUAUCUGCGCCGAUCGCUCCGGUAGCCGAAGCCUCGGCUGAUUCGUCCUCGGUGGAAAAGUCGAAAAAGAAGAAGUCCGAAAAGAAGUCCAAGAAGGACUCGUCCGCCCCGACUGAGAUCGUCUCAUCCGAGGCCGAGCCCAAGAAGGAGAAGAAGUCGCGGAAACACGCUGAGGUGACGCCCGAGGACGCUGCUGCUGCUUCCACAAGCGAGAAGAAAGAGAAGAAGAGCAAAAAGGCCAAGACCGAGGACGGGGAGGGCAAGAAGGAGAAGAAGGAGCGGGAUGAGACGCCAGAGGAGAAGGCGGCUAGGAAGGCUGCGAAGAAGGCAAAGAAGGCUGCUGCGUAGACUCCGAACAUAGGCGAGACUUUUCGACUUGAACGUUGGCACUCGGAUCGUUAGGGAUAUUCUUGUGUAAACUCGAUUUGGGCG